AUGCCCAUCUCUGCCUGGAGCUCGCGCAAGGCCUUCUCGUCCUCGUCCUCCUCGUCCUGGACCUUUCCUGUAGGGGCGUCUGGGAGUUGGGCCUUGACCGGUUUCGAGGCGGCCGGUGUGCUCACGGAUUGCUUUGUGUUGGUCAUCUUAUUAUCGAGCUCUUCCUGUUGCAAAGCGGCCAGCUCCUCGUCGAGCUCGUCCUCGUCCACCAGGUCGUUUCCGAGCGGCCGACUGAUGGCGUCCGAGAUCUCUUCGCUGAGCUCGACUUGUUCUCUGAUAUCGUCCAUCGUCUGGUCGACCUUGUCGACGUUGAAGUCGCCGUGCAUUUGUUUCAUGGCCUUUGCACCCUGCUUCAUGGCCUUCAUGGUCUCGAGGUUCAAGUUGGCCGACUCUAUGGCGUUCAGCUGUGUUUCCAGGGACUCCACCUGGUUCUCAAUCUUGAGCACGUCUGUUUCCAGCUUCUUCUUCUUCUUCAACGCCAUCUUGGCCAGAUUCUUGUUCGACGUCACAUUCUUGCGCGCAAUAGCGUCCUGCUCCUGGAUCUGUGUCUCUAGGAACGCAGACUUCUUGUUAAGCGUGGAAAUGUGCUCUCUAAGUUCCACAAUCGCCUUCUUUGGAAGCUCUUUUUUCUGCUUCGGAUUGCCGCCGAAAAAGUAUCCCCACAUCUGUUUCGUGUAUUUAGCGCCUGUUUGUGGUGUUGUGUCGUAUGAUGCUUGCUGGACAACGCGUUGCGCUGCUUGUUGUUCUGGUCUGUUAUCAAAAGCUGCAAACAAAAAUAAUUUAUAUUGCGGUGCGAGGGUUACUUGA